GGCAGAGACGCCAUUCUAGACUCUUUCAUGGCUUCCCAAAUCUAACCCACUUUCCUAACUAGAAAAAAAGCAUAUCUAUUUAUAUAUGGUCGAACAUCACCAGUAGAAAGGUUGAGAAAAAUGGGGGGUGAGAUCAAGGGUUUGAUCAAGGUCUGUCUCUCUGUUCUUGCGUCUCUCUGCUACUCCUACUUCAUCGUCUCCAAGAUACCCAAAGGCAAGUUCAGACUGCUUUCUCUUCUCCCAAUCUUCUCCCUUUUCGUCGCUCUCCCUCUCUUCCUCUCUACUGCCAUUCUCUCCGGCAUCACUGCUUUCUUCAUCACCUGGCUAGCCACCUUCAGACUCGCUCUCUUCUCCUUCGAUUUAGGUCCUCUCUCCACUGGCUCACCAAAGUCUCUUCUCGUCUUCAUCGCCACUGCUUGUCUCCCCAUCAAAAUCAAGCCAAAUAAGCAACAUCCGUCUCGCCAAGACCCCCAUAAACCCCCAAGAUUACCCCUUAAUUUUGCAGUCAAAGUCUUGGCUUUUGGGGUUUUCAUCGGAUUUUAUCAGUAUAAAGAACUAGUACACCCCAAAAUUUUCUUGGGUCUGCUUUGUUGCCAAGUUUUUCUGUUCCUCGAGGUUCUUUUCAGUCUCUGCAGCGCUCUGGUGCGAUGCACGAUGGGGCUGGAGGUGGAGCAGCCGUCUGAUGAACCGUACUUGUCGACCUCGCUGCAGGACUUCUGGGGACGGAGGUGGAACCUCAUGGUAACGAAUCUGCUGCGUCACACAGUAUACAAGCCCGUGAAGUCGGCAGCCGAGACAGUGAUGAGCGAGCGCUGGUCGCCGCUCCCGGCGGUGGUGGCAACGUUUUUGGUGUCCGGUUUGAUGCACGAGUUGCUGUUCUACUACGUCAAUCGUGUGAGCCCGUCGUGGGAGAUGACGUCCUUCUUUGUUCUGCAUGGAGUGUGCUUGGUGGUAGAGGUUGGCGUUAAGUCAGUGUUCUCCGGCCGGUGGCGGCUGCACUGGGCGGCGUCAGUGCCGCUCACCGUGGGCUUCGUGGUGGCUACCAGCUUCUGGCUGUUUUUCCCACCGCUGAUCAGAGCCGGUGCUGAUAUGAGAGUCAUGGAAGAAGUAAAAGUCUUGUUGGAGCCUAUGAGGGAAAAGAUCCCACUACUCCCACUACUCAACUCAACAAGGGAGCAGCUUCUCUUAUUUGAUCUUUCUGGCAGACACAAGUGAUGGAUUCAUACAACAAUGUUAUAAUUUUUCAUAUUUAGGUGCAGUGUGGGAAGAUUAACCAGUCAAUUUCAAUUA